AUGGUACUAGCACAAGAAAGAGAGGACAGGACGGAGCGUAAAGGAAAGCUGAAAAGAUGUUGCUCAGCAUGUAGUAUUGGACAAAGGUGUAUCAAAUUAAAUGGAGAACAAGAGCCCGAAUUAAAUGAUUUAUUUAAUCCACCUUAUAGAGUGGAGAGACAAGGUUCGGCCGGGGCUCCCAGUCCACCCCCAGGCGAACAAGAGGAAGAAAUUCCACAAGUUAUUUAUAAAGAAAGCCAAACACCCGGUGCCACACAAGGAAACACAAAAACUUCCAUUACGGCUCCAAAUAGUCCGGUGUCUUCACGCACCAGACAGAAGUCUAUUUUACAGGCACCCCUCCGAGAAGCCAUAAAUCCGGACGGAGGAACAAUGAAAAUAAAAGUUCUGUUCACGGGCACUGAUCUGAGAGAAUGGAAAGAGGCUGCCCGAGAAUACCGUAAUGAUCCGAUAAAGACGGCAGAGAAUUUUAAAUUUCUAAUAAAACAGCACAAUCCUGACUGGAGUGAUAUACAAUUAUUAUUAGAUUGUUUGACUGAAACUGAAAAACAAUUAGUCAUAAAAACAGCGGGGGAUCUCGCAAAGGAACAUUAUAAUAUAAAGGGAGAUAAUUAUAGAGAAUGGUUUCCUUUGUUGGACCCGGAAUGGGACCCAAACCGAGCCGCUGAAAUGGGAAGAUUACAGGCAUACCAGGAAUGGAUAUUCAGAGGAAUGGAGAAAGCAAUUCCUAGAACAAUAAAUUGGGCAGCGUUAUAUGAGGUCAGACAGGGUCCUUCUGAAACACCUUCAGAAUUCUUAGACAGAAUAAGAGAUGCGAUGCGCCGGCACACGUCUCUGGACCCAAAUUCAGAGGUAGGCGCACAGCAACUAAUAUCCCUCUUUUUAGGACAAUCACAAGGGGAUAUUAGGCGCAAGUUGCAAAAAUUGAGACCUCCUGAAAAUAGAGACUUGGAAAAAUUAGUAGAGGAAGCAUGGAGAAUAUUUAGUAAUCGAGAAGAAGGUUACAAGCAGGACCAAAAGAAAAUAUUAGCAGUAGUAAGAGAAAAUGAGAAUCAAAAAUCUAAAGUUAAAUCAAGGCGUGGGCUGACACCCCUGGGUAGGAAUCAGUGUGCAAUAUGCAAAAGGACAGGACACUGGAAAAACGAAUGCCCUGAACGCAGACAUCAAGAAAACACUAAAUGGCACAAUAAUCAAGGGAAAACAAUAGCUCACAUGGAAGAAGAAAAUUGACUAGCCGACCCAUUAAUAAAAUUAAAAUUAGGAGAAGAACAGGAGGAGGUGGAAUUUUUAGUAGACACAGGAGCCACCUAUUCGGUUUUGAACCAGGCUUUAAUGCCUUUGGGAAAUGAUUAUGUUUCAGUAAAAGGUGCAACUGGCCAAACUGAAAAGGCUUAUUUUUGUAAACCUUUAAAAUAUAAGUUGGGAAAACAGAUGGGGAUCCAUAAAUUCCUAUUUAUGCCAAAUUCCCCAAAGGCCCUUCUUGGUAGGGACUUAUUAGAACAAUUGGAGGCAACAAUCAAAUUUAAAAAAGGGGAAGUUACUCUGGAGGUAAAUAAUCAUCAAUACAUACAGGUUAUGAGCCUAUCUCUGGCCAAUACUCCUAUAAAAAGGGAAAUUGAUACCAGAAUUAUUGAUCAGGUAUAUCCCGGAGUAUGGGCAAUUGACAUACCGGGACGCGCCAAGAAUGCAUCACCUGUAAUAGUAAAAUUGAAGGAAGGACAGAGUGCGGUAAGAAUUAAACAAUACCCACUGAAAAGGGAAGAUAGGGAAGGAAUUCGUCCAAACAUAGAGCGAUUCAUAGAACUAAAACUACUAAAAGAAUGUGAGUCAGAAUUUAACACACCUAUCCUCCCAGUUAAAAAACCUGAUGGGUCUUAUAGGAUAGUUCAAGAUUUAAGGGCCAUUAACAAAAUAACAGAGGAUCUGUAUCCUGUAGUAGCUAACCCCUAUACCUUACUAACCACCCUGACACCUGACCUAGCUUGGUUCACAGUUUUAGACUUAAAAGAUGCCUUCUUUUGCCUCCCUCUCCAUGAAGCCAGCCAAAGAAUUUUUGCUUUUGAAUGGGAAAAUCCCAGUAGCGGUCGAAAGACCCAGCUCACAUGGACGGUGUUGCCACAGGGGUUUAAAAAUAGCCCCACAAUUUUUGGAAACCAAUUAGCAAAGGAUUUGGAGUUAUGGGAACCACCGUCAGAAGAAGGGAAAGUGUUACAAUAUGUAGACGAUCUUCUUAUUGCAACCAGAACCGAAGAAUCUUGUAUUAUUUGGACUGUGAGUCUGCUGAACUUUCUGGGACUACAAGGAUAUCGAGUUUCUAAGAAGGCACAGGUGGUGUUACAACAGGUCACAUACCUAGGGUACGAGAUCAGUGCCGGACAACGGGUCCUGGGGAAGGCCCGAAAAGAAGCCAUAUGCCAAGCCCCCCGACCACGAACUGUAAAGGAACUGCAGACAUUUCUGGGAAUGACAGGAUGGUGCCGGCUUUGGAUAUGUAAUUAUGGCUUGCUUGUUAAACCAUUAUAUUCCCUGAUAGCAGCUAAUCAGAAGGAUCUUCAGUGGGAUGCUGAAUCAGACAGAGCUUUCCAUGAACUGAAGAAAGCCUUGAUGUCGGCACCAGCACUAGGACUUCCUGAUGUGAGUAAGCCAUUUUUCCUAUUUUCCCAUGAGAAACAGGGAAUGGCAUUAGGAAUACUGGCACAAGAUUUGGGACCAUACAGACGGGCAGUGGCAUACUUCUCUAAACAGCUGGAUGCCACUGCAAAAGGAUGGCCUGGUUGCCUGAGAGCAGUAGCAGCCGUCAUCCUAAACAUCCAAGAGGCCCGGAAGUUUACCCUGGGCCAGAAAAUGACUGUCUUAGUAUCCCACACAGUGUCUGCAGUCCUUGAAACAAAAGGGGGGCAUUGGCUCUCCCCACAGAGAUUCCUAAAAUACCAGGCCAUAAUGGUGGAACAAGAUGAUGUUGAGAUCGUGACUACAAACAUCGUCAAUCCGGCCUCAUUUCUUAAUGGGAAUAUUGGAGAAUCAGUCGAUCAUGACUGUCUAGAAACAAUCGAAGCCACUUAUUCUAGUCGGACAGAUCUCAAGGAUGUUCCUAUUAAUGGAGCUGAACAUUGGUUUACGGAUGGGAGCAGCUAUAUGCUGAAUGGAAAGCGACAUUCCGGAUAUGCUGUUACAACCUCUGAAGAAGUGAUAGAAUCGGGGCCGCUACCGGCUGACACUUCGGCACAGAAGGCUGAAAUCAUAGCCCUUACUCGAGCUCUGGAGAGAGCUCGGGGAAAACCUAUAAAUAUUUGGACUGAUUCUAAAUAUGCCUUUGGAGUGGUACAUGCUCAUGGAGCAAUAUGGAAAGAAAGGGGACUGUUAAACUCCCAAGGAAAAAUCAUCAAACAUGCGGAAGAAAUUUUGAAACUCCUAAAUGCGGUCCAGCUUCCUGAAAGGGUGGCAAUUAUGCACAUUAAGGCACACCAGAAAGUGAGCACAGAAUUGGAAAGAGGAAAUGAACUGGCGGACAGGGAAGCAAAACAGGCAGCCAGAAAAGCAAUCAAGGUAGAGGGUGCGCUAAUACCCGAUGGACAAAUAUCUCUAGAAGGUAAACCAGACUAUACGAAAGAAGAUCGCAAACUGAUUUCUGACCUAAAGGGAUCAUAUAAUGAGGAAGGGUGGGCUAUAAUCUCACAUGGGAGAAUAGUGAUUCCUUCCUACAUGGUAUGGUCAGCAGUCAGGGAAGAACAUAGAAAAAGGCACUGGGGGGCAGAAGCUCUAUAUAAGGAUCUCACUAAAAACAUAAUAGCACGAAAUUUGUAUACUACUAUUAGACAAGUAACCCAACAAUGUGAUCUUUGUCUCCAGACUAAUCCUAAGAUUACCAAGGGGCCAAAGUUGGGAAAAAUUGGGAGAGGAAAUGUUCCUGGGCAACACUGGCAGAUCGAUUUCUCAGAACUUCCUAGAAAAGGGGGGUAUCGAUAUUUAUUGGUACUAACAGAUACCUUUUCAGGUUGGCCAGAAGCCUUCCCGUGCAGAACUGCUAAAGCCCGGGAAGUGACCAAAAUACUACUCCAAGAGAUAAUACCUAGGUUUGGAGUCCCAGCGGUAAUGUCCUCGGAUAGAGGACCACAUUUUGUGUCCAGAAUAGUGCAACAGAUCAGCCACCAUCUAGGAAUAGAUUGGCAAUUACAUACCCCAUACCGACCACAAUCGAGUGGCCAGGUGGAAAAGAUGAAUCAUCUAAUCAAACAACAGAUUGUCAAGUUAGGCCAAGAAACAAAUCUAACUUGGCCCCAGUCUUUGCCAUUAGCUCUUACACGAAUUCGAACUAGACCGAGAGCAAAAGAGGGGCUUAGCCCAUUUGAAAUUUUAUAUGGACGACCCUAUGGGGUACAAAAGGGGAUGUCCUCACAGACUGGUGAAGGAACAGUGACUUCCUAUAUGGUGGCACUAAACAAACAAUUAAUAAGAAUUGAGAAGCAUGUGAUGGGAACACGCAGUAGGGGUCUGGAUGGACCUGUUCACGAUAUACAACCAGGAGACUAUGUAUACGUUAAGUGUUUUGCAGAUAAAACCCUGGAACCACAGUGGACCGGACCUUUUCAAGUCCUACUCACCACCUACACUGCAAUCAAGGUUGAGGGACAGAAUUCUUGGAUUCACCAUACCCGGAUUAAGAAAGCCCCUGCAACUUCGUGGAAAGUAACCCCAGAUAAAAAAGAACUGAAACUCAAAUUUACUCGGACAAAUGGGAACAAUGUGGGUGGCAAGUAAGUGAA